CGAGAGGAAAAAGACAUUAGCAGGUACAUACAGGGGGAAAAAGGAGAAGGCGAUAGAGAUCAAGAAAACCAACAAUAGAUGGGAGAGGAAGCAUCUGAUUCUCCGAAUCUUGAAGGAGAACCAUCGCAGCUGCACGAGACGGCGGCCAAUUCAUCAGCAUCAUCAUGGUACUCAUAUGUCUCCGAGGAUCUGCCGCGAACUGUACAGGAGUCCACUGACACGGCCGUUCGCUCUGCUCGAACUUUCCGAGAUAACUCAUCCACUCAUCUUCGUUCCCUCCAAGAUUGGAUACCAGAGCUUAGAUCCCAUUAUAGGGAAUAUGAAGAUGCAUUUUUCAAAACAGUCAAAGAUGAGUUGAUUACUGCAAAAGAGAAUCCACUUGCAACUGGGGUUGCAGUUGGGGCAGCUAGUAUCUUCCUUUUGCGAGGAUCAAGGAGGUUUUUAUAUCGUCAUACAUUAGGACGGUUUCAAAGUGAGGAGGCAAAGUUCGUUAGAGCAGAGAAGAAUGUGAAAGAGUUAAAUCUGUCGGUUGACUUGAUGAAGAUGGAGAGUAAAAAACUAAUAGAGAGAGCUGCUCUUGCUGAAAAGGAUAUGAGACAAGGCUGUUCUGAGCUGAGGAAUGCUGGAUCUCAGAUCCAACGUCUUGCGAAGUCUCUAUACAAGACUGAAGCUCAAGCCUCUGAAUUGAUGGAUGGUUUAAGAGAAAUCCCUGGUCGGGAGGCUAUCAAACUUCGAGCUGAGGUUGCUUCUAUGGCUUCACUAGUCAGGCAACAAAGGAUUGGUGCGAACAAAUUGCUAUUGAAAAUUUCUGAAUUGGGUACACCUGCUGUUUAAUCUCCCGAGAGGAUAAACCCGAUAUGAUUUAUUGAUUGACCCAUUGUUAUGAGAGUAUAUUAAUUUGUAUGCUCAAUGUAUGUUUUUGUCGUCAACAUAAGGUUGGUUUCUGAAGUCUGAAGGGGGUUGGGGACAUGUUAUCAUCCUUCAUUUUAAUGUCAAAUAGUAGUAGUACCUUGUUUUAUUUUAAAAAGAAAAAAUGGUGAUGCCCAUUGAUAAAGUCAGAAUGCAACAUUUUAUUUCAAAUAAAAUUGUAAUGUGCAGCACAUAACAACACAUAUACUUCUUCAAGUUUUGUAUGGCCAUGUCACUUAUUUUUA